UGUUUUGAAAACAUCGAUGCAUCGUUUGCAUUCCUAAGCACCGGUAUUGUGUUGUGUCGUUUGUUAAUUAAAAAAUAAGUAAUAUAUUUCUCUCAAAAAUGGAUAAAACGGAUGAGGAUGAAUCAAAUAAAUUCAGUUUGUUAGCUAUUGUAUUGGACACAAAUCCAUCCCAACGUAUUGUGCGACAAAACCCGCAGUUGCUAACUCAAUUCUUGGAUGCUAUUAUUGCUUUUGGCAAUGCACAUCUGAUGCAAUGCUCCCAAAAUAAACUAGCUGUCCUUUCUUGUCAUCAUCAUGCCACAGACUUCUUAUAUCCUAUGCCAGGAAAGCAGUUGGAUAUUCGUCAGGUUGAUGGACAAUACGAGGUCUUCAGUUUAGUAGAGAAGACUGUAAAGCAACGUUUAAGCCAUAUUAUAACCAAUGCUCCGAAAGUUAAUGCGCCUUGUGAGAGUCUCUUAGCAGGCAGCAUGGCAAUGGCUCUAUGCUAUAUAUCUAGAAUACAACGUAGUGCCGCCGCAGGUGUUAAAAUGCAUUCACGUAUUUUAGUUGUUACAGGCAGUAACGAAUGCGCCUCUCAGUACAUGACAUACAUGAACGUUUUCUUUACGGCACAAAAAUUAGGCAUUACUGUUGAUGUUUGUGCAUUGGAUAAGACUAUGAGUCUAUUACAACAGGGCUGCGACAUUACAGGUGGUCAAUAUCUACGUCUAACCCAGCUGGAUGGUUUGCUGCAAUAUUUACUGUGGGUUUUCCUACCCGAUCCACAAAUGCGUCAAAAGUUGGUCCUACCUCCUGCGACGAAGGUGGACUAUAGGGCCGCAUGUUUUUGCCAUCGUGAAUUAAUUGAUAUUGGCUACGUUUGUUCGGUGUGCUUAUCAAUAUUUUGCAAGUUCAGUCCCAUAUGCACAACAUGCCAAGCAAAACCGCGUAUCAGCAAAAUCCAAAACCGCUUGUCAGCAAAAUGCAAUCCCGCGUAAGUGAAGUUGUAUAAAUUAUUUUCUAGUGCGUAAAAACACUCGUAUUUCAAAUUGCUUCUCUAUUUUAUAAAGCAAUCGCAUUUCUGGAUAGUAUGUUUCAGCGCGAAUGGAUAAGGAUUGAGCCAAGAGUUUGUG